ACCGCCCUCUGUGUAUCCUCGAUUAGGCCAGGGUAGGGCGCAGCUCAGCUCAGCCCAGCUCGGCGGAGCAGCUAAAGCCCGAAGAGAAACAGGGUAGCGAGAAAUGAUUAUAGUCUACUUCUGUUUUUGGAACAUCACCAGGCCUUCAUCUCAAUUAACGCAACAACAUUGUGCUGCGAAAUAAAUUCGUUUCACGGCUAUGGCCACGUCUAUGGGAUAUGGCAGGUGCGGGUAAAUGGAUCUGUGCUGUGGCCACAAUUGUCCCUGUGAGAGUUCCACGGUCAGUGAUACCCGCCCCCCCUCGCUCCUCUACAGCCGCACCAGUAAUCGCAUGCCAAACACAGCGCUGGCACAGAUGGACCACAUUUUGAGAGCCUAAAAAGCUGACUGACCCUCAGGCCUCAGGAAGCUCGGAGGAGAAACCCAGGGACAGUAGCGCUGUGGGGGAGCUGCCGGCAUGUCUCUCUCAACCGUUUUAGCGAAGGCCCUGUUCGACAAUGCAGCCGAGAGCCCAGAGGAGCUGGCCUUCAGGAAGGGGGACAUCCUGAUGGUCCUGGAGCAGGAGCAGGAGGGAGGCCCGGGAUGGUGGCUGUGCUCCCUGCACGGGCGUCAGGGCAUUGCUCCCGCCAACCGCCUGCGCCUCCUCCAGAACACCGCCUCCAACCCGAGCCUGGACGCCUGUCGAGCCCCCAGCAUGGACUCUGUCCUCGUCUCUCCCCGGCCGCAGGUGACCCGUGCCAACACUCUGGCCACCGACGACGGGGUCUACCUGUCUCCCCACAGCGCCGCGGCGGAGGGGUUGUACCAGAGCCCCGGGGCCGGUUCUAACAACAUGUGGCACAUGGAUGGAGGGCGGCCCCGCUCCCACUCGAGCUCCGGGGCACACCCGAGGCCUGAACGGGACCUUGCCAUGGCCGGCCGACCGAGGUCUCCCUCUGUGAGGGGUCGGGGCGUUGACGCAGACUCCUUAUAUCAGACCCCUACUGGACUAUCGCCACUGACCCAUUACCACAGGUCACAUGAAGGCUUGGCGUCUGACUCUGUCUACCUAACCCCCAGCACAGUUCCGAGGCCUGCCAUUGGCCCAGAGGGUUUCGGAGAGGCGUACGCAGGUGGCCAGGCAAACGAGGACUGUUACCUGGUGCCAAGGCUAGCGGCAGCUGCAAUGUCCAACGAGGACCUGUAUCAAACCCCAACGGGCGGCGCUGCAGCCGUCGCACUGCAGGAGACUCCCAGCAUGUACCAAACACCCACGCCCCCCGGGGGGACGCGGACCUCCCCAAAAGACCCCAACCUCCUCAACUCCUCUGCCGCUUCAGUGUCGGGACAUAAUCACAAACUCUCCCCCCACGCCAUCGCCAACGGCUCUCCCCGACCUCAGAACAAGGGUUUGCCCAAAGACCUUGACCAGGCGGGAGUGCCUUCCACCCCUCCAGGGGCUCGGGUGAAGCUGGCGGCGGCCACAGCUGGAGGCAGGGGGUCGCCGCUGCUGGUGCGAAUCGGAAAAGGCGGUGUUCCAGGAUCGCCCAACUUUGGAAGGAAACCUCCUCCCCCUGCGCCCCCCGUCAGAGGGGUGACCAGCAAGAAGAGCAGCACGCCCCCUACACCAGCUCCCAAGCCAGCUCUCCCAGUCGGCCUAGUCGCCUUCAAACAGCUACAAGGAGAGGGAGACGAGGCACAUAAAACGGUUCCAGCCACCAGAGAUGAGAAUUUCAGUGAUGGAAACACGAGGAAGAAGGAGCCAGAGGUCGAGAUGGUGACUACAAAGGCAGAGGAUAAAGCACAUACAGAUUUAGAUGCUGUCAAUCUCGAAGAUCAGGUUUACGACACUCCUCCUACCAACCGCUGGCAACAAGCCCCUUUGGCAACAUGUGACGAUGAGGACGACAACAUCUACAAUACCCCACGUGCUCUUCCUCUCAGCCUAGCUUCUGAACAGGACUCAGAGAUCUAUGAUGUCCCCACUCACGCUCUUAACCCCGCCACACAGCCCCAGAAUGAAACCUAUAGUGUGCCAGCAUCCAUUCCCAUCGCCAGCGAGCUGGAGGAGGACGAAGAGGAUGUUUACAGUGUCCCCAGCCUUCCGGGUCAACCCGUGGUCCCCGGGGAGCUGGAGGAGGGAGCCGCUCACCCUCAGGUCUACCCAGGCCGCAGCCCCGGCAAAGCAGACGCGGAGAGAGCGCAGCUCGGCAACUGUUCUCUGGAGGAGAGCGAGCCGGAUGGCGGCGGGAUCUAUGACAUGCCCGCGUUGACCUUGGACAUUCCGUCUACCUCGUCGGUGCGCCGGCUCUCCGUCUCCAGCACGGGCUCAGGGGACACCCAGUGGAGAGCCUCCAUCUCCACGCUCAUCCAGGCGGCGUGGAACACCACCUCCUCGGCCUCUGCCAGGGACCUGGCGGCCUCCGUCUCCGAGAUCCUGUCCGUUUGGAAGACGAGCCAUGCGGCCGAUGCCCCGCCGCCCCUGCAGCAGGCCUGGUCUCGCCUCUCCGACGUGCUCCCGGCGCUGGCCAUCUGUGGGAGCGGACCUCCUUCUGAAGCCUUGCGCGACUUGGUACGAUGCGCCCUGGAGGACUCUUCCCUGCUUCUGCAAAGCCAGGUGCGGCCGCGUUUGCCCUCGCAGGAGUCUCUGUCGCGCAGGCCCUUGCCGGCUCUCCCGGUGCCCGAUGGGCAGCACAUAGCUUCAGGGAUGGGCUCCCGGAAAGGCAGCUGGAUCCAGGAGAGGCCCCUUCCACCCCCACCUCCUCCUGCCUUCCCUUUGCCCAUGCCGCCUGCAUCUCUGCCACCCUCCAUUGGGAGAGGGGAGGAUGACGAUGAGCUGGGGAAUGAGUAUGCAGGAAUUGGGUUGACACCCGCACCACCGUCGUUACCUGUGGGUGACAGUGUGGGAUAUGUGAAGUUACAGGGAAUGCUGGAACCUCCUGCAGACGGGCAGAUGGAGAAUAACUGCAGCCAGGUGAUCCCCACAGCUGAGACAAGGGUAAAGCCACAUUGUCAACUCAGUCCAUCGCCGCCUCUUCCGGUGACACUCUCGCUAGAGGACACGGAGCUGCUGUCCUUUUAUGCAUCCCAGAGUCUGGCCCAUCUCUCCUGUCUGGCCGACUCCAUCGAAGCUCUCUUCACCAGCGUUCAGGGGAACCAGCCGCCGCGCGUCUUCGUCUCCCGGGGGAAGAGUCUGAUCGUCACCGCUCAUAAACUCGUUUUCAUUGGGGACACCCUUUCCCGUCUUCUCAGUUCAACGGACCUCAAGGCAAAGGUCACUACAUCAGGAGCACGGCUCUGUCAGGCCUUGAAGGCUGUAGUCGUGGCAACAAAAGGGGCGGCACAGAGCUACCCGUCGGUGCCGGCGACGCAAGAGAUGGUGGACCGCGUGGCAGAGCUGUCCCAGCACGCAGCUGGCUUUGCCGGGCUCCUCCAACGCUUGGCAGAAAUAUCUUGAUGUCAUUUUAAAUUACCCCUAUUAUACCUCCCCAAAAUGUCUGUCCCACAAAAUGCCUUAAUUGUAUUUUUUAACUUCUAUUUUUAUUGUCGGUUUUGUUUUUGGAGCAGUGUGUACGAUGACGUCACAGCGAGUGUUACCCGUGACUUGGUCAUGACCAGUGCCACAAAUAGAGACUGUGAGUGAGCGUGUUUGUGUGUUUUUCACUUGGCUUUUUGUUUACAUGUCUUUGGUGCCAAGCACACCUGUCCUGUGUGGCUUUAUAACUUAUUGAUGUUUGAUAUUGGAAUGUUUUUUGGACUGUGUGGUGAAGCUUAGUGUGUAAUUGAUCUUUUUUUAUUUUUUGUAAUAUAAAGGUGCGCUCGGUGGUUUGCACUGACGCUACCCCUAUCCUAUGUGUAACUGUUGGUAUGUUUUUUGUUUUCAAUGGCUUUGAGUGGUACUAAAACAAAAUGAAGUGUUAAAAAGAGUUAUGGUGUGUGAAGCACUGCACGUGGUGGACACUUAAAGAGUAAGAAGAAAUCAACUUUGUUAAGUUAUUUCCCCGUGUGGCACUGGUAUUGUGGUGUGAGAUUGUGGAAUAAAUGGACAAAUUGGACUUGGCUGGCUAGAUGGUUGGAUGGCGUGGUAUAGUGUCAAAGAAAAUGGAAUAAAAUAGGCUGGUAUAUAGCCAUCCAAUUGGACAUGUCUGUAGAUGUUGUUGAUUUCACUGUUCUUCCCAUUUGCUCAGUCAUGUUAUUACAUGUCUAUAAUUCGUCACCACAAAAUGGUUUUUAUUCUGAUCAGCGGCCGAUGGCUCAUCUCCAAGGCACCUGCCAGGUGAGGUGUGUGGAAAAAAAUCACAAGUUGUAUGAUGACCAUGUUUAAAAUGACGUCAUGUUAUGCCAGCCAGAUGUACAGACAGCCAAGUUGAAUGAGCCCGAUUGGAAUCAUCUCCACCCACUUCCAUGAAAGACAGAAGAGUAUAAGCACACUGUGAGCAAAUGUAUUUGUUAAAGCAACAUGUAGGAAAAAAAGAAAGAAGCAGCCAGGUUAUAGAGAAGGGUCCGUGAGCUCAGAAACAGCCUGUGUGCUGUUUGUCAAUCAGUUGUUUUCUUAUUCUUCUCCUCCUUCUCUCUCUCUCUUUCUCUCUCUCCGAUGACCCCCAUCCUUCGCUUGCUCAGAAUCACAUGCGAGUCGAGGCAUGUUUUUCUGAGUUUGUUUCCCACACCGUUGAGGGAGUGGCGAUACAAGGAGAACAGUCAGCCGUUAUUCACUUUUAACUCCCUUAUUGUCUAGGAAUGUCCUGACAUGUUGACAUGCUACAGGGAAUCAAUGGCACAUGUCUGCCUUUCUCAUAGGUUUCUCCUGAGUUUCUGUGCACAAGUGAAUAGGGUGGCCAGAUGUUAUGUCCCCAUUUUUCCCAAGUAGGCCCACUGGUGUUGUUUGGUGGUCCGUUUUCAGAAAAAUACAUAAACCCUACUUUACUCCUAUUACUUGUAAUAAUAUUGACUUCAACAUUUGGGAAAUUCCCGUUUGGGUACUGCUUUUUGUCUCGAUCUGGUCAUCCUAUCCACUGUUACUCUCCAUAAUGUAUGCUAUCAGCCAUCUUAUUCCUCUCUAACGCUUCUCUAAAUGCCAAAUAUAUAUCUAUCUAUCAGUUAUGAAAACUUGCAUGCAGGUUGCUGAGAGACCACAAACUUUUAAAAAAGUAUAUCAGAUACCACUUUGAAGGGAUUUUGGUCUCUGGUUGUGAAUUGAGCACCACCCAAUGGAAGAAAGCAGUAUUACUCAUGAUAAUAUAUGAUUUUUUUUUUUUUCAUUAUGCUUUUGUUAUAUACAUGCCAAUUUGACAAAAUGGUUGACGAGAGCAGGCCAUACACAAAUUCAUGAAGAAGCCUUAUGUUACUCAAAGUCUAGCUUAUUCAUUUCAUCAGCUAUGUUUCAUAAUUAUGAAAUGUUUGCAUGGCUUUAUUUUAGGCUACUUUGUUGAUAUAGCCCAUAUAAACAUGUUAAUCUGCGGUGCUCGAACACAUCUUAUUUUUUAUUGAACUCGAAUAUCGACAACUUAAAAUAUUUGUAUCAGAAUGUAUUUUUGAAAGCUCGUGUUUUUUUCCUGAGGCCUACCUGGCAGUGACCACUCAAUCUGUUUGAGUGGUCAAAAUGUGUUCAAUUUCCAUUGAGAAUACAUGGUGAAAGACCUUA